AUGCGACAGGAUUGUGAGGGUCCCGCCUGGGUCGUUGAUGACCUGACUCCGUGUUUUCAGCAAAAGUUUCUAAGGUUAAUAUUCCCACUUACGGCGUGCGGUUUCUCGCUGUUAUUGAUAAUUAUCCAUAUCUUCUGCUAUAAUAUUCAUAUCCCUUGGCGCCAUCACCGCUACAGACCUAUCCCUUCCGACGUGGUCGAGCACAGCAAUGUAGAAGACGAAUCUGAAGCUGAAGAGUAUGAAGAGGAAGGUGAGGGAGGAGAUGUGGACAGCGAUUUAAUGCUGCAUAAGGUCUUAAGUCGCACUGCAGAUGUCACCGUUGAGGAAGACAAACCCCGGGGACAGACCGUUGUAACAGUAUUGGAGAUUGCUGCGAUUCUGGGCGAACUGGCCAUUUCCAUACUGGGUCUUGCCACACCUUCGAGGGCCGCGGACGAAACGACUCCGGACAUUGCGAGGCUCCUUUCAUGGACAUAUCUGUUCCUCCUGGUGGCUGCCAGAGUUCUUUUUUCAAUGUCUGAACGCCGUACGCUGCCCAAAUUAUGGAACCACACAGCUGCACUCUAUGGCUUCAAUUGGCUAUGUAGCGUCAUGAUCUUUCGGUCUGCCAUAAUCCAUCCGCCACCGCAUUGCAUACGCAUUUUGACCAUCAUGGAUUUUGCGCUCUCCUCCAUCCUUCUCCUCCUAGUCGUCACCACCCGCAAGGGAAACGAAACCAUCCUUGUUCAACAUGAAGAAGGCCUUAUCCCACCCCGGGAACAAUUUGCCAGCCUGUUAUCACUGGCUUCGUUUACAUGGUUGGACCCACUAGUUUGGAAAGGCUACGGAAAGUCUCUGGAGAUGUCGGAUGUCUGGAAUCUUCUCCCAAGUUACCAGGCUGCGGCGGUUCUUGCAGAUUUCCGCCAAACUCGCAGGACUUCCGCUCUGGCAUGGAGGCUGUUGCGAUAUUUUGAUCGCACGCUUCUCCUACAGGGAGCAUGGACUAUCUUCUCAGGUUUCUUUUCCUUUGUCCCAACUUGGUUGCUCAAACUUAUUUUAGAAUACCUUCAGGAUCCCAAGAGCACAUCCAAGAAUACUGCUUGGUUAUAUGUUAUCCUCCUGUUUUGUUGUGCUGCUACGCAGGGUAUUGCGGAUGGUCAAGCGCUCUGGAUGGGGCGAAAAUUGAGCGUCAAGUUGCGUGCCAUCAUUAUUGGUGAGCUAUACGCCAAAGCGUUGCGACGGAAAGCCGGUUCAAUUGCCAAGGUCUCCAAACAUGAUGCCAAAAACAAGAAACAAUCGAAAAAGAAGAAAAAGCUUUCGUCGUCCUGGAAUAAACAACAAACUGAUCCCGCCCCGGAAACCAAUGAGGAGCAGAAUCUCAAGGAGCCAGAUACACAGGCCAAUAUUGGCAAAAUCAUCAAUCUGAUGGCAAUUGAUUCGUUCAAAGUUAGUGAAGUAUGCGCCUACUUACAUUACCUCUGGGCCAGUUUCCCAGUGCAAACCAUUAUUGCCAUCUAUAUUUUAUACAAGAUUCUAGGAUUUAGCUCACUGGCCGGCAUUGUUGUGAUGGUUCUUAUGUUACCUCUGAAUAUGUACAUUGCAUCGCGGUUCAGAGCCCUUCAACACGAAAUCCUUGCCGGAACCGAUGCUCGCAUCCACUCGACCAACGAGGUUCUCCAAAACAUCCGUAUCAUCAAGUAUUUCGCCUGGGAACAGCGAUUUGAGGACAUCGUCAAUGAAAAGCGUAGAGCAGAGCUGAAGAAUCUCCGUCGGCGGUAUAUCCUGUGGGCAUUCGCUGCCACUUUUUGGUACGGAACACCAGCUCUGAUCACCCUGAUUUCCUUCUUCCUCUACACUGUUGUGGAGGGCAAGAAGCUAGUUCCUUCAGUUGCAUUCCCUGCCCUAUCCACAUUUUCGCUCCUGCGCAUACCCUUGGAUCAACUGGCAGACAUGAUCGCUCACGUCCAGGAAUCCAAGGCCUCCAUCGACCGCGUGGAGAUAUUCUUGAACGAGGAAGAAACGGAAAAGUAUUCCCAGUUACGACCGGACGAGCACUCGGACGCUCCGCCCAAAAUUGCUCUUGAAAACGCGACACUUUCCUGGGGUUCUUUACCUACGAAGACCACGGGAGGUCCAUCUCAAGGCGACCACGAAAUAACAGAGUCAUUCCGCCUCAUCAACAUGAACGUGUCAUUCCGCAUCGGCCGGGUUAACGUCAUCGCCGGUCCAACAGGUUCCGGUAAAACGUCCAUGCUGAUGGCGCUGUUGGGGGAGAUGAUACUUCUUGAGGGAUCGGUGUUUCUUCCUGGUGGAACGAGUGAUCGAGCCGAUUUGUGUGUGGACCCGGCUACGGGACUUACCGAGAGCGUUGCGUACUGUGCGCAAGAAGCAUGGUUGGUUAACGCGACUAUCAAAGAAAAUAUCUUGUUUGCAUCUCCUUUUGACAAAUAUCGGUAUGAGGCUGUAAUUAAAGCUUGUGGCUUACAGAGAGAUUUGGAAAUAUUGGAUGCGGGUGAUCAAACCCUCGUGGGUGAGAAGGGCAUAAGUCUUUCUGGAGGACAGAAGCAGCGGAUAUCGCUGGCACGGGGCAUAUACAGUAAGGCCCGACAUCUGCUCUUGGAUGACUGUCUUAGCGCGGUCGAUUCGCAUACCGCCAAACACAUUUUCAAGGAGGCGAUUAUGGGCCCAUUGAUGGAGAAUCGCACAUGCAUCCUUGUCACGCAUAAUGUAUCCCUAGCCGUUCCUCAAGCUGAGUACGUUGUUGUUCUGGAUAAUGGCAGAAUUUCUGGACGGGGUACACCGCAGGAGGUCGUUGCUGCUGGUAUUCUCGGGGAAGAAAUCCUUAAUUCGCGGCCUACAUCUCCUUCGUCGAGAACGCUAGCGAAUUCUCCCUCGAGCUCCGAGAGGGAAGAGCCUGAAUGGCUGCAUAAUCAAGCGGACGCGGCCGAUGCAGCUAACAACGGCAAUAUUAAUGGAAAUGUCAAUGGGGCCGCUGUAAAGGACAAUAAUAAAAAAGAGCAGAAAAUUGCUUCUCUGUUCGGGGAGGAAAAGAUUGUGGGCAGCGUCAAGUACUCAACAAUCGCUAUGUAUCUUCGCGCCAUGGGCCCGUGGUAUUUUUGGGUUGUGGCCCUUGUAGCUUUUGGUGCUCAGCAGAUCGGCUCACUUGCCACCAAUCUGUGGAUUAGGGAAUGGGCAAAUGCAUACCCAGUAGAUAAAGUCUCUGCGGAUGAUCCAGGGCGCAGUGCUGCUCUAGCAAACCUCAGACUUCCAACAAUGGUGACAGCAAAUAUUCCAAGACCGUUUUCGUGGAGAGCGCCAGAGAUAUACUACAGUUAUAUCGACAAGGACGGUUCUGUUAAUGAUGACUUAAAUCCGUGGUAUUACCUAGGUAUAUAUGCUCUCCUAGCGUUUGGUUACAUCUUCAUAACUCUGUUGAGGGAAAUGGUUCUGUUUGGCGGAUCGCUGCAUGCGUCGUGGCGGAUCCACAAGGCAUUACUCAAAGCCGUGACCCAUGCGAAGUUUAAGUUCUUUGACUCCACACCUCUGGGCCGGUUGAUGAAUCGAUUCUCCAAGGAUAUCGAAGCUGUUGACCAGGAAGUUGCAGCUACUGCAAUAGGAAUGCUGCACAGUUUAGCCUCAGUCAUCCUCAUCGUUAUUCUUAUUUCCGUUAUUACACCCAAGUUUUUGAUUGCUGCUAUUUUCAUUACGGCUAUUUAUUUUGCGCUGGGUGCUAUAUACCUUAAUGCGUCCCGCGAUCUGAAAAGGUUGGAAUCUAUCCAGAGGAGCCCGCUGUAUCAGCAAUUUGGAGAGACCUUGACGGGUAUCGUUACAAUUCGUGCAUAUGGAGAUGGUGCACGUUUCAUCAGUGACAACCAUGCCUUGAUCAACAUGUACAAUCGCCCUUACUUGUAUCUAUGGGCGAGCAAUCGGUGGCUUGCGUUCCGCGUUGAUAUAGCUGGUGCCCUAGUAUCAUUCUUCACUGCGUCAUUUAUUAUCAUGAGCGUUGGGAACAUCGAUGCUGGAACCGCUGGUUUAGCCCUGACGUACGCAGUUACGUUCACAGAGAACGUGCUCUGGCUCGUUCGACUUUACUCCCAGAACCAGCAGAACAUGAACUCCGUCGAACGCAUAGAGGAGUAUAUGGAGGUCGAACAAGAAGCUCAAGCUGUUAUACCCGGCUGUCGACCGCCGAACAACUGGCCAACCGACGGUGCGCUGCGGUUUGAAAAUUACUCCACCCGCUACCGUCUUGACCUGGAGCCUGUGCUGAAGCAUGUGACGUUCUCAGUGCAGCCUGGUGAAAGGGUUGGGAUUGUGGGCAGAACCGGUGCGGGCAAGAGCUCGCUUGCCCUCGCUCUGUUCCGUGGCCUUGAGCCAGAAAGUGGCAGGAUUGUCCUGGACAAUGUCGACAUUGGCCUAAUUGGCCUCAAGGAUCUCCGAGAAGCAGUUACCAUUGUCCCCCAGGACCCUACGCUUUUUACCGGGACGAUUCGCAGCAACCUCGAUCCGUUCGACCUGUUAGCCGAUGAAGAGAUUUUCACAGCUCUCCGUCGAGUUCACCUGAUCGGUAACUCAACAUCUACCGCUGCCUCCGGUUCCUCAACACCCAUAACCCACUCCACCACUGCUCUAGACACCAACAACCGCGACAGCGACAGUGACAGCAACAAUGACAAUGACCCCCGCCACUUCCGGGACAACAAAAACAUCUUCCUAAACAUCAACUCCCCCAUCACCGAAUCCGGCUCAAACCUCUCCCAGGGCCAACGCCAACUCCUCUGCCUUGCCCGCGCCCUGCUAAAAUCCCCAAAAGUCCUCGUGAUGGACGAAGCCACCGCAUCGAUAGAUUAUGCAACGGAUGCCAAGAUCCAGGAUACCCUGCGCGAGCUGAAAGGGAACACCAUCCUCACCAUCGCACACAGGCUGCAGACUAUCAUCGACUACGAUAAGGUGCUUGUGCUGGAUCACGGGGAGGUGGUGGAGUAUGGUGGGCCGUGGCAGCUUAUUAAUACGCGUGGUGGUAGUUUCCGAGCGAUGUGUGAGAAUAGUGGGAAUUUUGAGGCGUUAAUGGAUGGGGCGCGGAGGGCGUGGGAAACGAAGCGGUUGGUGGAUGAUGAGUAA